AGACGAAACGUUUUGCUUGUUAAAAAGUUCGCAUUGGUGUUGUUUAAUUACAAGUAUGAUAUGCCCUGUGACUGGAUCAACGACUGUUGUUGUCAGAAUGAACCGAUGAUGAUUACAGGAAUAACUUAUGGCGAUCUUCUAGUUCAACAAUUCAAUGCAGCUGCAGAGUUCAGUUUAUAUUACGUUACUUAAUAGUAAAAUAUUCAUUAACAAUUCGCUUGUGUUUUUUUUUCACACUUGAAAUACAUUUUAAUUUACAAUGAAUAUUAUACGUCAGGAAAUGCGAUAGAUUUUAACCUCAGCCGUGUGGUUUACACUACCACCCGUCAAAUAACUCUUACGGUUGGCUGGUUUCUUUAAAACGAAGUAAUUUGAAGCAAUCAUUUUCAAUGUUUUGUAAGAAUACUGUCAGAGGGAAAUCUUCAUCAUGGUAAAAGGACUUGUUUUCAGUUUGUUGUGUUUUGCACUAAUAUGUGUAACUGUCGCGCAACAAGUUACCGUCGAUACCUAUGUGGGUUCUAUAAUUGGAGAGAGGAUUGAGGGCACGUUUAAUGGAUCCUCGUACUACGUGACCAGAUUCCUCGGUAUACCUUAUGCUGAAUCAACGGAAGGAUAUGGGCGGUUUAUGAAGCCCACCAGAAAGGCUGAUUUUGACGUACCAUUUAAUGCAACAACACCAGGGCACCCAUGUCCUCAAGUGGUUCAGAACGGCAUUGAUAUGGAAUUCAGUGAGGACUGUUUAAAUCUAAAUAUAUUUGUGCCUGAUGGAGCCAUUGGCGGGACGGAACCGAAAGCUGUCAUGGUAUGGAUCUAUGGAGGAGCUUUUCAGGUUGGAUUACAAGAUUUGUACAUGACGUCAGCGCUUUCAGGGAUUAAUGACGUAAUUUAUGUCACUAUGAAUUACCGAGUCGGUGCGUUUGGCUUCUUGGCCAGUAAAGAGUACGGUAUGUACGGCAACUACGGACUAUGGGAUCAACACACAGCUAUCAAGUGGGUCAGCGACAAUAUCAAGGCCUUCGGUGGUGAUACUAACAGGGUGACUAUAUUUGGAGAGUCGGCAGGCUCGGCUUCCGUCAUUUAUCAAACAAAUUACGAUGGGAACUGGGGCCUUUUCCAGAGGGCCAUCGGAGAGAGCGGAUCGGUCGGCCCAAACUGGAGCUAUUCAAGUGAUCCCGACAAGCAGUUUGAGGAGUUCAUUGAACGUAUAGGAUGCAAUGAUAAGGCCAUGGAUGGGGAAACGAUCAGUUGUUUACAAUCAGUUCCAUGGUCUGUUAUUCGAGAAAAGAUCAGAAAUACAGAUAUGUUUAAACCAGUUCAAGACGAUGACUUUAUUCGUUUCGACCCAGGACAAAUGUUUCAUGACGACCGAAUGUCGACGUCAAUGUUUGGUGACUUGGACAUCCUGAUGGGCCAAAACACGAAUGAAGGUGGAUUGACGUUGACAGCAAUUGCGCCAUUUAUCCAACAGACACUAGAUGACAUAGAGAGUGGGAUGUCCGAAUCCCAAUUUGCCCAGUACAUGAAUGCAUUGUUCUUGGUCCAUAAUAUCACGGCAUCUGACGCGCUCAUUGCAUCUUUGAGACACCUGUACACCGACUGGAACAAUCCAGAUGACCCAACAACACUGAGAAGUGCUGUACUCCACUAUGCAAUGGACGUUGACUUUACGACUGCCAUAAUCCAGAGGUUGAAAUCGCACGCACAUUCUGGUGGCACCGGAAACACCUAUAUGUACGUCUUCGACCACAGACCAUCUUAUUCCACGGCACCUGAAUGGCUGCAAGGUGCGAACCAUGCAGAUGAAAUCGGUUAUGUUCUUGGCUUCCCUGGUCCUAACGGAGACGUAGCGCCGUAUUUACCAGCACAAGAUGUACAAUUGGCUUUGGACGUAAUGAAGUAUUGGACAAACUUCGCUAAAACGGGAGAUCCAAACGUAAUGGACGGCAGCUUGACAUUCUGGCCAGUGUACGAGCCGGAAGACGCCACUUACAUCCAUCUGGCCGCCGGCAAGGCCGAGUACCAAACUGGGACGCACUUCCGGCGGGAACAGGUCAACUACUGGACCCACGUAGUACCAGCCAUCCUUAAAAUGUCGGAGAAUAGUGGUGGCGGUGGAUGGGAUCCUUGUGUAGCCGGUGGGGAGGCAAUUUGGCCAACUUUGUUUUUGUUGUGUUCUGCUCUUAUCGUGUUGUUUGUGAUGUAAUUCAACUCAAGCUCAGUCUUCAUGUGCAGAUGGUUCGUAAUACCGGUCUAGCACAUAACUGAACAAAAUCUUUGAUAAGUCGUGUAUGAAUACAAUAACACUGAAGGCUUCUAUUUUGCAAAUAAUAAAAGAAUGGAACUAUUUGAGAACUCAAGCAAAUGAUUAAUAAGAUAGAUGUGGUUUGUAUUGAACAUAAAUUUAACCUUAACCCUUA